AUGGAGCUGGAGCUGUGGCUACUCUUCGGGCUCACAGUGACCUCCGCUGCAGGAUUGGGGACUGGCACCCAGCCUGCAGCCAGAUCGGAGGGGGACAUCGAGACUGUGGCCAGGACUGCAGCGCAGGGCCCAAGUCCCCGGAGCCCUGGGCCGGAGCAGGGACCAGGUGGGUUCGGGGAGCAGGUGGCCAAGGAGGGCCCCUUACGCCGCCGAGCCCGACGCUGCACGUGUUUCACCUACAAGGACAAGGAGUGUGUCUACUAUUGCCACCUGGACAUCAUCUGGAUCAAUACCCCUGAACAGACGGUGCCCUAUGGACUGUCCAGCUACCGAGGACACGCCCGCGGCAGGAGGUCCGUGGCGCCGUUCCCGCAGAGCCCACAGCCCUCCAAGUGGACGCUGCGCUGUGCAUGUGCGGCCAGCCCCGACCCCGCCUGCGAGCGUUUCUGCACUGGAACCCUGGCUGUCAGCAGGAACUCCGGGGCCGAAGAAGAACUGGACCGAGGAGAGGCAGUGCUGGCCGGCGGGGUGGACAGAGGCCCGCAUCGGAGGAGGUUGAAAUCCAGGACAGACAGACAGAGCCGUCUUUAG